CAGCAGUAGCAUAGGCUCCUAUACUUAUUCUGGCAAAACUCACGUAUGUGGCAGACAGGCAGAGAUAGACAUGACAAAUUGAGCUCUCCGAGCUUUCCUACCUGAUCAAGCAGUGGAAACAGACACUCAUAUCACUUCCUCCCUCCCAAUGAGUAAACAGUGAUGCCGGCUAGUAAGACUUGGAUUGCGGGAACCUUCUUCAAGAGAGAAUGUGUGAAAUUCCUUCCAGCAUCCCGGGACACCCACAGAUGUUCUUCAGUUUGUCAGGUGUGCCAAAAUCUAAUCAGGUGCUGUUGUGGGAGGCUUAUAGGGGAUCACCUGGCAUUCACACCCAGGACCCUGAGCCUCACCCAGACAGAGCUCACCCAAGAUGCUGGGGAGUGGUCUGUGGAGCUCCACACCAAAACCAGUCCAACAGACGCCUUUGGCACGAUAGACUUCCAGGAUAGCGCAAAGAGGUCUUGUCGGGCCAAGUAUGUGAGGCUAUCAUGUGACACCAGAACGGAGCAACUUGUCCACCUGAUGCUGCGUGAGUGGCAGAUGGAGCUGCCCAAGCUGGUGAUCUCUGUCCAUGGCGGGGCCGAGAACUUCGCUCUGCCCCUCAAGGUGUCACAGGCUUUCUGCAAGGGGCUCAUCCAGGCAGCGGAGAGCACAGGGGCUUGGAUAUUCACAGAUGGCAUCAACACAGGUGUGUCCAGGUACGUUGGGGAAGCCAUGAAAGAGUAUGGCACCCAUGACCUGUGCAAGAGGAACACUUUGGGAAUCACACCUUGGGGAGCCAUUGAGAACCACACUGACCUCAUAGGGAAAGAUGUGCUUAGGCCCUAUCAGACUGUGGGGAACCCACUGAGCAAGCGGGCCUGUUUAAACGGCUUCCACUCCCACUUCCUGCUCGUGGACGAUGGCACUCUGGGAAAAAAUGGCGGACAACUGGAUCUGAGGAAGAGACUCGAGCAUCACAUCCGCUCGCAGAAGAUUCACCCAAGACUGUCCCAGGGUGUUCCUGUGGUGUGUGUGGUGGUAGAGGGUGGUCCGGGCAUCCUGUCUCUAGUGCUGGAGUAUGUGAAAAGUUCUCCCCCAGUGCCCGUCGUUGUGUUUGAGGGCACUGGGAGGGCAGCCGACCUGCUGGCAUUCGUGCACAAACAGACCGCUGAAGACAGACAGAUGGAUAGGGACAUUAAAGACGACCUCCUCCUGAGGAUCCAGGACAUGUUCAGCAUGGACAAGAGGGAGGCCAGUGAACUCUACAGUCUCCUCAUGGACUGCAUGGACCACAGGGAGGCUGUCACAGUUUUUGACUGUGACUCUGAGGAUCAGCCUGAUGCAGAUGUGGCCAUUUUGACAGCCUCACUAAAAGGCAUGAAUGCCACAUCCCUAGAGCAGCUGAGCAUCGCUCUGGCCUGGGACAGAGCAGACGUGGCCAAAAAACACAUCCUGGUGUACGGACAGCACUGGCAGGUAGGCUCUCUGGAGCAGGCCAUGCUGGAUGCUCUGGUCAUGGACCGUGUGGGUUUUGUGAAGUUGCUAAUUGAGAAUGGCAUGACGAUGACCCGCUUUCUGACUGUUUCCCGUCUGGAGGAACUUUACAAUACGCACCAGGGUCCAACAGAUACUUUUCUUCACCACUUAAUUGAGGAUGUCAAAAAGGCUCACCUCCCAGCUGGGUACAGGAUCUCCUUGAUAGAUGUGGGCCUGCUGAUUGAGUAUCUGAUUGGUGGAGCCUACCGCAGCUCUUACACGCGCAAGAACUUCCGAGCCGUCUACAGUCGUCUGUGCACUCAGCGGAACACUCCAGAGAGCUCAGGUCACUUUGGACAGGGAGGAGGCUUCUCUUCUGCGGGACCCUCAGCCGAGAUGCCUCUCCGACCGCACUUCUUCCGCACUGCCCAGCCGUACAAACACAAAGAGAAAAGGGACACUCCGUCUGAGCUGAAGGUGGGUCCGAGCACCGAGCUGAGUGAGCCUGCUCUCUACGUUUACAACUUCAAUGACCUGUUUGUGUGGGCAGUGCUGAAACGUCGCCAGCAGAUGGCGCUCUUCCUGUGGCAGCACGGGGAGGAGGCCAUGGCCAGGGCCGUAGUGGCCUGCAAACUCUACCGCGCCAUGGCCACUGAGGCCAAGGAGAGCAACAUGGCCGACAGCCUCACGGAUCAGCUGAAGAAUAACUCACUAGAGUUUGGGCAGCUGGCCGUGGGCCUGCUGGACAAGGCCUUCCGGGAGAAUGAGCGCAUGGCUAUGAAGCUGCUAACAUCCGAGAUGAAGGACUGGAGCCACUUUACCUGCCUACAGAUGGCCGUGUCGUCCGGCCUGAGGUCCUUCGUGGCCCACUCUUGCACCCAGAUGCUGCUGACUGACCUGUGGGUGGGCCGACUCAACAUGAGGAAGAACUCCUGGUUUAAGAUCAUCCUGUGCAUCCUGGUACCAGUGUCCAUUCAGCUGUUAGAGUUUAAGAGCCAGGCGGAGAUGUCACAUGUUCCUCAAUCCCAGGAAGCAAUGCACUUUGGAUUAGACAAUCGCGGCCUUGACGCAAACGAAUCACAAGGAACAGCAAAGGCAGGGUACGAUGCCGAGAAAGCGUCAGAACGCCAGGAAUGCUCCUCAGAUCUCUUCUCACAGUGGAUUCAGUGGCCACAGAAGUUGUAUGACUUCUACAAUGCUCCUGUGGUCAAAUUCUGGUUCCACACCAUGUCCUACUUGGCUUUCCUCAUGCUGUUCUCCUACACGGUCCUGGUGAGGAUGGAGGAUCAUCCGAGUCCUCAGGAAUGGCUGGUCAUUGCUUACAUCAUGUCAACAGCAGUGGAGAAGGCCAGAGAGGUGUUGAUGUCAGAGCCUAGAAAAUUAAGCAAGAAACUGAAGGUGUGGUUCAGCGAGUACUGGAACGUCUCCGACUUUGUCGCCAUCUCCCUCUUCCUGGCGGGGUUGGCGCUGCGGUGCGACCCAUCGUGGCUGGCGGCUGGGCACAUCGUCUACUGCCUGGAUGUAAUCUUCUGGUUUGUCCGGGUCCUGGACCUGCUGGCUGUCAAUCAGCAUGCUGGUCCUUACCUCACUAUGAUCACAAAGAUGACCAGCAACAUGUUUUUCAUUGUGAUCAUGAUGGCCAUCGUUCUUUUGAGUUUUGGCGUUUCCCGGAAGGCCAUCCUCUCUCCUAACGAGGAUCCAUCCUGGACUCUGGCUAAAGACGUGGUCUUCCAACCCUAUUGGAUGAUCUUCGGAGAGGUUUACGCCGGUGAAAUUGAUUCCUGUGCAGAUAAAAAUGCCACUUGUGUUCCCGGUGCCUUCAUUACUCCAUUCCUCCAGGCUGUGUACCUCUUCUUCCAGUACAUCAUCAUGGUCAACAUCCUCAUAGCUUUCUUCAAUAAUGUGUACUUUGACAUGAAGUCCAUCUCCAACCAGCUGUGGCAGUAUAACCGCUACCGUUACAUCAUGACCUAUCAGGAGAAGCCGUGGCUGCCGCCACCCCUCAUCCUGCUCAGUCACAUGACCCUGUACGUGAGGAGAGUCUGCAGAAAGAGCCUGGGAACUUCGGAGCAAGAGCAAGACUCUGGGCUGAAGCUGUUUUUGGCCAGUGACGACUUGAAGAAAUUGCAUGAAUUUGAAGGGAGAUGUGUGACAGGAUAUUUCUUUGAGAAAAAUGAAAACCUGCACUCUAGCCAAAACAACAGGAUCUGUUACACAGCAGCAAAGACAGGAGAGAUGACCAUAUCGCUGGGUGAGGUGGCUGAGAAAGUCCACUUCAUUCAGGACAGCCUGCAAACACUGGACACCCACCUCGGUCAUCUCCAAGACACAUCUGCCAUGGCGGUGGACACCCUUAGCCUGCUCGCUGCUUCCGAUGACUACCAGCAGAGGGCAGCAUUAUACGGCCUGCACAGACCAAUCAGCAGCUCCCAUCUGGAAGUCCUUCACAGCUUGUGCCUACCGAGAGGUGGCAGCGUACCCCCCAGCCAUUACGUCUUGGUCCAGAGACCCUACAGCAGCCAUCCGCCAUCCCUUCUGGGUAGCCUGGGCAUGGGACAGCAGUCUCUACCACUGGGGUGGCAGGACCAGAGGAGCAGCGAGGACAGUGAGAAGGACUCUGGCGAAAAGCAGUGGAAAUCCAAGCCCCGUCCUGUGCACCCGAGGUCACUCAACGACGUCCUCUCCACAGGGUGCUGCCGGCUCUCUCAUGAUUCCCUGCCUCAUCUAGUCGGGUGGAGGGACCGGACUCCCCUUGGGUCGUGCGGGCCGUCCCGCACCAGCAUCCCGCUGGUGCCCUGGAGCUCCGAGACUGCCGACCAGCACCAGCAACCCAGAGCCUGGCACCAUGACUUCCACCUCCCUCCCAGCCAGGAGGAGUCUGCCGAUGAGAUUGAGGAAGAGGACGAAGAGGAAGAGCUGAGUAACUCCGCUGAAAUGAGCUUGUCCAGAACGUCCAGCCAUGCGGUGCUGCUUGCAGACUCUCCAGCGGACAGAGGCGGGCACAUGGGCCUGGUGAACCUGGGCUUCAGUGGAGACCAUAAGCUCCCACUGACUCAGUCGGGGAAGUUCCAGCGGUGGCAGUUCUCCCAGCACAGCCGCUCCCUUUCAGCAAGUGUGGAGAACAUGGCCUUCCUGGGAGCUCCGCCAGCCUCUCUCCCACCCACGGCACUGGCUGGUUACAGCCCUAGUGUGGAGCAUGUGAGCCAUACAGGACAGGAUACACCUCCAUCUGGAUUAACUCAGAACAGAGAAUUGUCCAAGUCUGCUGACCUUACUGAAUCCCUGGAGGGUCAGAAAAGAGUCUGUCGAAGGAAGACGGUGAAAAUCCAGGACGAGAACACAGAAAAUGUACAAAAUGUCAGAGAGUUAUAUUCGCACACUUCAGAGUGCUACAAAAGAGGCAGAUGCCAUGGGAGAUUCCCUGCUCUACGGAAGUGUUCAACCUCUGCCAGCCUUUCACAACUGAAUUUUGACCAUGUUGACUCAUUGCAGAGGUUUGCUCAAUCUUUUCAGGACACAAGGAGCCCGAGUCAGUCUUUGUGGAGCAGCUGGGCGAGGUCAAAUAGCCGAAGGUCCUCGAUUCAAAGUGGGGCUAUAUCUGAGGUGAGAGGCGCCACCUUCCAGUCCACAGAAGACCUUCACCCUCACUACUCAGCAAUGGAGCGCAAUAACUUGAUGAGGCUGGCUCACACCAUUCCCUUCACACCAGUAUCUUUGAUGGCCGGUGAGGAGGUGUCUGUCUACACCUUGGAGGAGACGCAGUCAGACGGAGGAGGCACCGGGAGCAGGGCCCUCAGCAUGUCCUCAUGGUCUCCUCGAGGGCGCUCUGCCAUCCUCCAGUCUCUCUCCCAUGAGGGGGUGCUGGACGGGGGCCUGCGGCAAGCCUGGCGAGUGAUCUGCACCUGGGCUGAGGAGGGCGUCCUGAAGCCAGGCGUUGUUUACGUGGUGAAGGCUUUCCAUCCAGAGGUGGUCCGAAUGUGGCAGAGGGCCUUCCACAGCGAUACCUCUCUCCAUCUUUGUUUACGGGAAAUCCAACAGCAGAGAGCUGCCCAGAAGCUCAUGUAUAUUUUCAACCAGUUGAAGCCUCAGAGCAUGCGAUACUCUCCCAGGUUUCUGGAUGUGUCCCUUGUGCACUGGCACGCUGAUGACCAGUGGCUGACCAUUGAGAGAAACAUGGCCGGAGAUUUCCGGAAGUACAACAACAACACUGGGGAGGAGAUCGCGUCCUGCUGUAGUCUGGAGGACACAGUGCUGGCCUUCUCUCACUGGACGUAUGAGUACUCCUGCCAUGAGCUGCUGGUCCUGGACCUGCAAGGUGUGGGGCUGGAGCUCACUGACCCAUCAGUCAUUCGAGCCGAUGAUGACCAAAGCGCAUCUGGUGAUAUGGUGUUUGGGCCGGCUAAUUUGGGAAGUGAUGCCAUUCAGAGCUUCAUCCGCAAACACAACUGCAACUCCUCUUGUGAAAAACUUGGGCUUUCAGACUUGAGGAGGAGAUCCAGCCAGGGGAGCACCACGGAGGCUUCUGAGGAGGAGAACGACACCAUCGUGACUCGCGUGUGACCUCCGCAUCAGCAGACAAAAAACUCUUUUGAGCGCCCGGGGGUCCGGGAUACCUUGUGGACAAGGCUGACCUGCUGGAGUCUGAGUCUUGAGGUAGUCUGACGCGCGGACAUGUGAGACUUUCCUAAAUAGAUUUAUUUAUGGGUUUUUCUUGCCUUCAUUGAUAGGACAGUGGAAAGUAGACAGCAAAUGAAUGGGAGAGAGAUGGGGAGUGGGAUUGAGAAAUUAACUCAGGCCAGACUUGAACCUGGGUCUUCGUGGGCACUGAACCCGUAUGUGGUAAGAGAUCCUGCUGCUUGCACUAUUACAUUUUGAUAUGCUUCACGUUUCAAUCUAAGAAAAGUCACUGAUCCCACAAACAGAGAAGCACUUGUUGUGUCUGAUGUCAACAACAUCAUGGUGCACUACUACUUCUGACAUCUGUAGCUUUUGGUGUGCUGUCGCACGCUAUGCUAUGUUGUAUAAUGGCAUAGCACUGAACACAACCUCUAUGCAUUCUCAAAUACAGAGGAUUUCAAAACAUGUUGCGGAGAAACAAUACUACCUUGAGUAAACAACAAAUGACACAUCAUUUAUAGGGAUGAUUUUGAGGCACAUAAUUGUCCCAUGGAGACAGCAUAACACUUUUUCAGUUCUCACUUUGGACAAACUGUAGCGGCAGUCACUAAUGUAAAUAUGACAUUGUAUAUUCAAUAUGACUAUGCACUGUAUAUGCUAGGAUAUAAUAUCAGCUGAAAUAUUUGAAAUAUCUAUAUUUGAGUAUCAGUAUAGUUUUAAAGAUAGGUUAGUGUUCUUAAACUGAGUUUUUUAAAGUGUUCAACGCAUUCUUUUUUCUUUUUUUUGGUUUUAUAACAUCUCCAAAUGUUUGUCUACAAAUUUGCUAAGCCUUUCUCAACUUUAGUGUAUGUAUUACAGUGUACAACAUUAUGUGAUACGAUAUAAAUACACAAUCUCUACAUAUAGUUAUUUUAAUUCUAAAUUUAAUGCAAACUUUAAACAUAAAGCUCUGUAAUUAUAGUACAUACUCAUGGAAAAAAAUAUAUACACUGAAACUGCAUACUCAAAUGUCUACCACACUCAAGUUACAGACUCAACCACUAGAGGUCCUCUUGUACUAAAAUAUUGUCAGAACAUCUUUAUAACACGUGGAGUGAUGCGGACAUGUCUAUUAUUACCACCUUAACCAGAUCUCAAGUGCAUAACUUAUGAUACUGUAUGCAAAUAAUUGUUAACUAUUAACUUUAAAUAUUUGUGUUCACUUAAUGAUCUUGAUGUGUGAUGUCACUGAAGUAUUGGAUUUGGUAAUGUUUCAAUAAUGUUAUUAUGUAUGAAACGGUGUUAGUUCAUGCGAGUAAAAUCCACUGUGAUGUUUGUGAAAA